AGAUCUUCCCAGCAUAUUAUCAUUGGUUUCCCUCCCCCUGACUUAUAUUCCCCUGAAAAUGUAAACAGAAAGUUAUUUUCUCGUCAUUAUUUUUCCUCUAAAUAAUCAUAACUGCAUAGUACAUACACUUGAUGGGGAAACAAGGAAGUAAACUACUAUGUGGCUGUGGGCGAAAAAAUACCAGACCUAAGACAAAAGUAUAUCAUCCGUCAGAUGAACCAGAGUUGGAUAUACAACAAAAAGGUGCAUUAUUAAAAGAGCCAGAUGAUGAUGUACCAGUUUCAAAAAUUGAAUUGCAUACAACAACAGCUGCUGACACGGACAGAAUCUCAAUACAACUUGCUGAAAAGACAACAAAAUCUGUUGGUCUGAUUAUGGGGUACCUUACCUAUGGUACCGGAUUCCGAGUUGGAGAGAAAUAUGUAAUGACCUCGCUACAUUUUGUGAAAGACAUAUGCAGUUUUGGUGGAAUAUUCAAAGAAUCAAAUCUUGAAAGCCAAGAUGUUUAUAUAUGCUUUGACUAUGCAGAUAAAUUCAAGGAAGAUAGUCUUAUUUUCCAUUUUCGUGGACAAAUGCAAUACGCAAAUGAAGAACUUGAUGUUGCAAUAUUGGAACUUACAGAGAGGGAUAAUAAAUCCUUACCUCCUAAGAUACCGUGUAGCGUAGACUCUAAUUAUGAUUCUUUAUUUAGUGUACUUGGACAAUCGUAUAGCAUCCCAAACCAGGUCACCGAUUUUAACAUAAAAAUAUUGCAGAAAGACAUGAAUGUUAUCAACAAGGCUCGAGCUUGGAGCUUAGAUAUGUUUUAUGAAAAUGGAUAUAUUGGUUUAGAUGACCCUAAUGUUGAAUUAUGCUACUGUAAGUAUCAGUUCGGUAUGGAUGGUUCUCCCGGUAUUGUUCCUAUCUUACAGGAAAAACGGUUGUCACCCGAGAAUAGUAAAAGGCAAAUUAAUUUACAAAUAGCUCAAAAUGAAUGUUUACAACAGAUUCGUCGUGAUCAUGAAUCUCAAAGGCACCAAGUUUCACCUUCAUUCAAUGAAACGCCAUAUGACAAAUAUGAAUACCCUUCUGAUUCAGUCUUAAAUGUCAAUACACAAAAUAACGAAUCAGACUCUGACAAUGAAAUAACAUACGUAAAAAUGGUCGCCCAUCGAAAUAAUGCGGCAGUUUAUAAAUCCAAUUUGGAUAGGCUUUCCAUAAAUAUCAAUCAUACUGAAAAGUGCAAAUCUGAUGAUGAUCAGAGAGGUUGUAGCAUCAAUAAAAACAUAACUUACCAAAACAUGCCCCUGAGUGAUGAAUCUAAUAGAUACACAUCAAAAGACAUUUCAACCGAUUUAAAUCAGUUAAAAGAAGUUUCGGUUGAUACAUCACCGAAUUUGAAUGGUUUCAAUCUAUUUUUAACAGAGCAAGAAAAUGUUACGGAUAAUUGUAAAAAUAAGGACCAGGUCAGUGAAGUUAAUUCACUCCUACCCCCCGGAGAAGAACCCAAUGUGAAUAAAGAAUAUUUGUUAGUAUUAUCAGUUGAUGAUGCACACGCUGACCAUGGAUUGAAUGACGUAAAUGAAAGCCCUGUAAAUGAGCAGUCAGUUCAUAGAAAUAUACGACAAGGUAACAAUGAUAACCAUUACAAAUCAGCUGAUACUGAAAGCAUUACAACGAAUAAUGACAACGCAGCAACUGAAAGUGCAUGUAAAAACUUGAACCUUCCCGACUGUUUACGGAAGGAUUUUAAUGAUGAUGAUGAUGAUGAUGAUGAUGAUGAUGAUGAUGAUAACAUGCGUAAAAAUGUUGCAAGAUGUAGUGGCAAUGAAAUAUAUCUGUGUUCUGAAAAAGAUUCAUCGGAGAUAAUGGUUAGGGACGAGAAAACUGUUGAAAUGGACAGAAAACUGCAAAAUGAUAUGCUUCAGGAAUCGUCUAUUCAACAAAUAGUAGUUGAAGACGACAACACAUUCAAACUGAAUGGGACUAACCAUCAAGAAAGCCAUGUUGAUAAUGAAUAUGAAUCAUCAGAGUUAUCAUUGGAUGGUAAUCAAAUUAUGUUGAUUGAAACUAAACACGCUGAAGAAUCAGAAGAAAUACGCUUCAAAUGUCAUCGAACAUCUCUUGAUGAAGAAACAUCGGAUUCAGAAAAAUCUGUUUCAAACACAGCUGUAUAUGAACCAGUUGUUGUGUUCAUGGUAUUGAGAGGGUAUCCUACUUUUUAUUACAAGGAUAAAAGGUCAGUUGAAAUGGAGGAACUAGUCACAAGUGAUAAACUAGUAAACGCUGGUGUUACCAUGAAAUCUGUUUAUGAUCAUAUGAAACAAUACCAUAUUUACAGAGAACUCUGUGCCGAUAUAUUUGUGUCGAAAAAAUUGCGAAUUGGGCUUGAAAAUACACGUGUUGUUUACAACUAAAUAUAUAGCAUUACUGCUUUUUUGUAUACAGUUAUAUGAAUCCUCCAGUGAUGAAUAACUAGUGAAAAGAGUAAGCUGUUUUAGAAUUUGCCGGAAACCUACUUCCUUUGUUCCGAUACUUUGAAUUUCGAUUGGGGGUAUGCUUAGCACAUCAAGGCAUACAUUCUUAUUAUUUCGGUUUUCAAGAUUAUAGCCAGGUACGCUACGUAUAGGCCAGGUGAACUUAAAAGUAUAAUUCUGAUUUCUAUGUGUAUGGCAAGCGUUUAUGGAAAAGCCAGGAGACAAAAAAUACGAAAUGCGAGAAACUAACAAUGCAACACUAUUAUCAUUACGUUUACCAUCUUAUACAGAGUAAUAUAAAAAUAAGGAGGUGUGAAACCAAUUUCUAUUUAUACUAAAGGAUAAAGAUGUGAGCAAUUGCAUGUCACUGUACGACCUUCAACGAUGAGCAAAUCCCUUCUUGUAGUAAACUGGUAAAGUAUCCUGGGUUACAAAAUGGGAAACAAUAUAGAAGAGAAAUCAGACGCUCUGGUUUCGACUUCACCAAUAAACGAAACAAAAAUAUGGUAGACAGCAACAUACGACUUCCAUUUGAUAACAGGAUUGUCUUAGGAAUUCGCACUUAAAGAACGUGGCGGGGUAAAAAAUAUUUGUAAGCGCUCUACCCCCUCUAACCUUGGAAAGUGGUGUAACAAUACAACAUAUGAACAAACUGUAACAAUCAGUUGGAAAGGGCUUGACUCGUCAGGUUCGUAGUUAGCACAAAAACAAAUAACAAAAGACGAAAGGCUUAACAUAACGAUCUAUGAGUACUCGCAUCUACUGAAAGCUAGAACAAAGCCUGAUCUAUAAUAAACCAUGUUCUCCAAGAAUAAAAUAUAAUAAAUUAGUAUGAAUUAAGUGUAAAUACGUCAUAAUCGGUUUAAGAAAAGCAUGCCAUUGUGCAAUGCAAUGCCAAAUUGUGAGAAUUGACAGGGUGUUGGACUUCAAGUGAUAAUAACUUUUUUAAGACCAAUAAGUUUAUAUGAAUCGUAACCAAUAUUUACGAGCUCAACAAACACCGUUAAGAAGUUAAAAAAUAAAACAACAAGCGGAAAAUAACAAAGGGACAUUCAAAACUCAUAAGUUGAAGGGGAACUGACAACGACAUGUCAAAACAACUAAAGACGACGAAAAGACAAACAAGAUAGAUAAAGUAAAAUUGAGCAACACGAACUUCACCAAAAACGGAGGUUGUCUUAGAUGCUCCUUUAGCAGUACCCGUCAUAUUGCUCAUGGUAAGUACACAUUCGAUGUCACAAUCGAGGAAAAGGGGACGGGAUUUUGGUAGCGACAAUGGACAUAUCCGUGGUCAUCUGUGACACAGAUAUUUCAUAACGACGAACCAUAUUGUGAUGGAGUCCGUAAACUUUUCAAAGGGGUGACUUUAUAUCACUUGGAAACCUUUGUUCCAUAGCCUCCUUGAAAGACGCAACUUUCGUUGAAGGAAAUCAUGAUAGGAAACGUACGCUCUGGAAUCUCGUAUCAAAAGGGAGAUGUCUACUCCAUAUGCAGGCGAUGCUGGAAUGUUGCUACAUAGAAAUGGAUGGUUACAAUUGGGUAGCUGAAAUCACCCCUGUUGUCGUAAAGUUUUGUUCUCAAACAAACGUCAUUGUAAAUUUUAGAUAUGAGGCACACUUAACUGUAUAUAUGGUAUCCUUUAUUUCAAAUUCGAUGGAAUAGAUGCGUUCAAAAUAGCCAUCAAACUUUGAAUUAUUCAUUGAAAGGACAUCACCCCUUUUGUAAUAUAUAUUCAUUUUAAAUUUCUAGAUGUAAGUCAAGAUAUGUAGCAGACUUGAGCCAGUAUCAUGAAAACCUAUAAUCUUAAGUUUCAAUAACGAACGCUUUACGAGAACGUUACGAUGGUGCUAUAAUUAAGAGCGUAUCGCCAACCCCCUUGUGGGUUACUUUUAACAAUAUUAUGGCUAUCUUUGUAUACACUUACGACUAUGAGUUAAGAUAUAGCACUCUUAUCGACUUUUCCGAAGUAACCGCCUUUGAUUUUUAAGAGAAUAUUAAAAUCCGCGGCAAAAUCGAUAGUAAAAGUUUUCUGUGCGUUUAAUAGAACGUUUGAAAAACAUACAUUCAGAAUUGAUACCAACAUAUGAAUCAAUGUUUAGAAAAGUAAUCAAAUAUAUUUCUGAGAUUUAAAUAUUUAUUGCAACAUAAGCCAAUGGAGUGAAUUAUGUCUCCCGAGUGUAGCUUUAUAAUUUGAUAAUACAUAAAAAUAUAACAGUAAAUCCCAA